AUGAGUGCUUUGAAUUUUAAAAAGAAUGAUCUCUAUGUCUAUGAUUUGACCCAAGAUGUUUUAGAUUCAUUGAAGCUAAUGCAUUUUGAUGCCAACUUAAAUGAAGUAGAGGUAUCUAAAAAGGAGGAAGAAGUUGAUAACACACCUGUAAAGAAUGUAGAAGCUAUUAGGUCAAAGGGGAUUUCUAAUUCUUUAUUCUGUAAUACCUGUAAAUUGGAAUUCCCGGAUCAGUUAUCGAAAAGAGAACAUUAUAGAGCUGAUUAUCAUACUUUUAACUUGAAAAGAUCAUUAAGAGGUUUAUCAGUGGUUUCUAAAAUUGAAUAUGAGCAGUUUUUGAAAAAUUCUCUAGAAAGUAAAACAGAAACUAGUGAAGAAGAGAAAGAAAAUACUUCUGAAACAGAAGAUUCAUCUGAUGGAACUAAUGAAGAUGAAACUUCAUCAACUGAGGAUAAACUUGAAAGUAUAUUUGAGACAAAAUUAGAUGUAUCAUCCAUGUCCGAUGAUACUGACGAUGAUAAGGAUACAUCGAUUACUCAUUUGAAUACGAGGUCCCCAAAAAUUUAUUUCAAAUCUAAACUCAUAUCUGAGAAUGAAGUGGUUGGAAUAUAUAAAUCUCUUUUUGAUCAAGACUCAAUUGAUAACCCAACUAUGGCUUUAAAAAAAUGGUCAAACCCAGAUACAGAAGCCAGCUCUAUAUCAGCUAUGUUCAUGAUUGGUGGCGGUCACUUUGCAGGUGCGAUUGUAUCACAUCAAAGAUUGAGCACUAAAGGUAAUGCCAAAAAACAAGAUGUAAAUUUGAAAGAGCAAGCAGUUCUGAUGCUUGAACACAAAACAUUUCAUAGAUAUACUACAAGAAGAAAACAAGGUGGUUCUCAAUCGGCUAGUGAUAAUGCUAAGGGUAAAGCAAAUUCUGCUGGUUCUUCCAUCCGUAGAUACAAUGAGGCUGCACUUAAAAUUGAUGUACAAAACUUAUUGAAGGAAUGGGAACCAUACUUGGCGAAGUGUGACAAUAUCUUCUUAAGAGCUACUAGUGUACAUGAUAAAAAAAUAUUCACAGAUAGUUCAUAUAUAAAGAAAAAUGAUGAGAGAUUACGAUCAUUCCCCUUCACAACAGGGAGACCAACUAUUGGAGAACUGAAAAAGUCAUGGUGUGAAUUAACUUAUAUAAAAGUCGAACCAAAACCAGUACCAAUUGUUGUGAAGAAAAAGACCAUCGGUAAUACAAAGGAAACCCAGAUUAAGAAGAGCAAUAAGAGUAAUUCAGCUACAUCUCUUACCCUUGAAGAAAAACACUCCGAAGAGCUUGUAAAUUUGGUGAAAAAGGGUAGAGCUCCCUUGCUAAUAUCAUAUUUGAGGAAAAAUGAUAUUAAUGUCAAUUACCCAAUAAUGCCAGAGACUAAAUAUUCUAAUACGCCGACAAUGCUGCAUUUUGCUUCUCAACAAGGACAAAAACAAAUGAUUGGUAUAUUACUUACAAAUUUGAAGGCAGAUCCUACAAUAAAAAAUAAGUUUGGUAAAACUGCUUGGGACUUGGCAAAGAAUGAUAGUGUAAAGCAUGCAUUCCAAAUUGCAAGACAUACACUAGGUGAAACGUAUAUUAACUGGGAUGAAACUAAUAUUGGAAUGCCAUUAAGCAGAGAAGAAGUAGAAAAAAUAAAUUUGGAAGAAGAAGAGCGUGAGAAAGCAGAAGUAGAACAAGCAAUCAGGAAAGAAUUAGAAGUUGUAAAAGAAAGACAACAGAUGGAUAAGGAAAUACAGCAGGCUAAAAAGGAUAUGAAAAGAGGUGAGGGAAAAAUCUUGGAUGCUUCAUCUAUUAGUAAUGCUCAAAACUUAAAUUCUUUAAGUGAAGACCAAAGAAAAAGACUAAUGAGAGAACAAAGAGCACGAGCAGCCGAAGCUAGAAUGAAAGCAAUGCAAGGAAAAUAA